AUGGCGGGAGCACAAGAAAAUUUCAAUCUUUCUUUUCAUGUUAAUCGGUUUUUGGUGAAUGGACAAGAACCGGAAGCUGAUGAAGAAAUAGAGUUAAGUUUGGAUCUAUCGUCGAAUGGAAGAUUUGGAAUGGACCCCAAUAAGGAUGCCAAAAAGCUGAAGCGCGCGUCUUCCAUUUCAAACUUGAUUUUUGCAGCUGAUGCUGGUGGCUCCGGUGUUAAUGGAGUGAGUGCGGCCUUUCAGACGUACGGCACGCUGACGAGGACGAGCUCCCUGCCGGCGGACCCGCCCGAGGAGUGGUGGCGCAGGAAGGAGUUGCAGACUAUGAAACGGAUGGAGGCGAGGAAAAAGAGAAUGGAGAAGUUGAAGAAUGUGAGAAUUGGCAAAGAUAAAGAGAAUUCUAUUGAAGAAAAUGGGUUUAGUCGAUCGCAUGGAGUUUUAAUUGGAAAUACUGCUGCUGGUAAUGGGCUAAUUGGAUCAAAGGAGAGAGUUUCUUCGGGAAUUCCGGAGUUUCAGAGUCAACAUGCAGAAGGAGUAACACAAAGAGCCGCUGAGUUUAAGUGCACAUCUAGUCUCCCAUCUUUACCAAACCAGAUUCCCCAGAGAACAAUAGUAGGAACUGCCAUUACUGAUGAUGCAAAUGAGGCAACGCGCAAGAAUGUCAUGCUGGAUAUGCCUCUUGUCUCGACAAGAGCAACUGGCCCGAAUGGUACUAGGGUUCAAGGAUUUUUAUACCGUUACAAGAAGAGGGACGAGGUGAGAAUUGUAUGUGUUUGUCAUGGUAACUUCUAUUCGCCAACUGAAUUUGUCGAGCAUGCUGGUGGUGGCAAUGUGGAAAACCCAAUGAGGCACAUAGUUGUUAAUCCUUCUCCUUUCGUGUUAUAA